AUGAGCUCCCGGCGUCGGAAUGGGAAGCCCGCGUCCUGCGAGCCCUGUCGGAAGGAUAAAGUGCGUUGCGACCACGUCCUCCCCGUCUGUUCGCGCUGUCGACGACGCGAGAUUGCCAGUCGAUGUUUCUACCAUCCUGCGCCUCUCACACGACCCACGGCGCAUGCGACAGAUGAUGGGGCUCCUGUUGCAAGUGCUGCACCUACAAGGGCAACUUAUACGCCUGCUACAACCACGUCGCGCAGUCCCGAAGGGAUCAAUUCGCAGACUGAAGUGCCAUUCUGCACGUCGGCGACCGAUAAGGCCCUGCCGACAGGGUAUCUAGGGCCGACGAGCUUCGUCGCAACGUUUGAGGAUGAUCGCGAGUUUGUGUCUAGUCCGAGCGAUGUAUUGCGGCAGGAUGGCGCCGAGGGACUCGCCGCAUUGCCCGGCUUGUCGCCGUACUGGGUCCACAAGGCUGGGGAGGUGCUCAACUGUCUGAAAGAUUUCUCAACUAUUGCGCAGCUCGUCGAAGAAUACUACAACAUUAGCCAGGCGGCGGUUAUACCUGCCCCGUUGGUUCUGAACCCAUUAGCCCGCGUCAAAGCCGCGGUCGAGGAGUGGCAAGUCCAUGGGUGUCAGACGAGCGACCAGGCGACGAGUAUCCUUGCGAACACGGCCCAACCGUUGCAGAUCCCACCCACAGUGGAGGCGAGUCAGUUCUACGAGCUGUUUACUGGUUCGAGGCUGCGAUUGGAGAUUGUCGGCGUGAUUUAUGCGAUUGCGGGUCGGACAUCGAUGUUCUCGCUGGCGAGAGACAGAUUGCCGAGUAGUAAUUGGUUGGUUGUUCGGGAAAGGUUCGCGAGGAGGAUGAUGGUGGCGAGUGAUGUUAUUCUACAAAUAUGUAGGAUCCUCACGCCAGUGAACGAUUUGACUAUUUGGUUGAUGUAUGAGAAUUUAUUGCUGGCGAGCGUGGUACAUGGGGAUUCCAGCUCCGGCAAGUGGCACAGACUAGGUGAUUUGUCCAGCCAUAUGUUCGAGCUAGGGAUCCAUCGGGAUCCCCAACAGUUGAGCGAUCUCCCUGUAUUCAUUCUAGAAUCGCGCAGGCGCGUUUUUGCUGCGGCGUAUCAACUCGACAAAAGCAUUGCCACGUUCCUAGGACGACCACCGAGGAUAUCGUGGCGUCAUUCUGAUUGCAGCCUUCCGCUUGACCUAGCCGAUGAUGCCUUAGUUGGGAGUCCUUCGGAGUUCGACGUUGCCUCGACAUCCGUUGACAGCAAAGGGUGGAAUGUGCAGAGCAUCUUCCAACGAGCUUCCUGGAUUAGGGUCCGUUUUCUGAUCAGUACAUUCCGAGAGGAGAUUUUGGAACUUUCGUUACAAGGACCGACUCGUGAAAUGGCUGACCAGCUGAGGGACAUUUCCUUCCGUUGCCAUCAAGCAUGGAACUCAUUGCCCGGUCAUCUCCGGUAUACCCCAAAUUGCUGGGACAGUGGAUUCUCUAUCUACAUCUCUCUGAUGCUCUCGGUGUGCUACCUAGCCUAUCUUUACAAUGACUUUCUCAUUCAGAGACUACUUGUCCAGCAAGACCCUGAGGCCCAGACCACCUUGCUAGACGUGAGCUCAACCAUUCUAUCCACAGUCCUAUCCUUCGGCAUCCAACGCGAACAUGUGAUUGAUAUUCAAAGAGACUUUAUCUGGACCGUUCUCUUAUACGGCUUCCCCAGCGCUGGUGUCCUCACAAAAGCCCUACAAAACCAAUCCCGAACCGGCAUUCCCAUUCCCUACAAUGGCUCGCGAUCCCGUCUCAUUCGUGACCUAAGUGUCUUCAUCGCUCAUUUGGAAACCAUGGCGAGACCUGGGAUUGCGAACCAUGAACUUUUCGCGCGGGCCAGCCGGGUCAUGUCAAGUAUCAUCGACGACAUCUUAGAGGCGAGGGAAACUGUUCUGUCGAAUGCACCAGACCCGGAAACUAUGCCGUCUGUUCUCGACGGGUUCGAGAUCUCCGAUGAUCUGAAAGUGCUGGACAGCGUGGACUUUGGGGCGGUUUUUGACCAGUGGAUAUUCUAA